AUGGGUCAGAUAGCCAGUGUGUUCCGGGGGAGGAACACACACGUACGGGGAAGUUCGCACGAUGAAGAAGAUCCCGAAGCACAAAUGACGUUCUCCAAUGCGGCUGGUUCCUACUUCGGCACCCACUUCCUCAUGUGCGGCUGCAAGUUCGAAAUGGCACGACCCGAGGCCUACCUAUUCGGAGAGAAUAGCGAUUUGGAUCAGCUAGGCUCCAAAGCACUUGGCUUUCCCUAUCCACCUGGACCACUUGGAAACGAUGAAAUCCGACCGCUCAACCUACUCGUGAACAUUCGAAAGGAGUCGGUCAAAUUUCAACGGGUAAAAAAGGACAAUGGAGAGUUCGACACUAACUUGUAUCAACUCACAUUUGUUUUUGAUUGUGACGUAGCAUGUGCAAUUCAAGUGCACUUUCACGCGAAGGAAGUGUAUCAUGAUGGAGAAAUACAAUUUUCAUAUCGAAACCGCCGAACUCAAAACUCUGAGACAUUCCCAUUCGAGAUGGGUGCUGAUCAAGUAUUUGGUGGAUAUGUUUUUGAUGCUUCCAGAUGGGAUACAAAUGAUCUUUCCUAUACUUCCGGCCUCUACUAUCCAUUUGUCAUCUCUAUCACAACAUCUGGCGUGGAAAGCACACAAAUGCAAACAACAAUGUGUACAGUAGAGACCGGAAACGAUAGCAGUAAAGCGUUAGUAUUGAAGCCACUACGACAGAAGAUUGCAUGCGACGGUGUCACCUAUCUAUUGCAGGAAAUCUUUGGAAUUGAAAACAAAGCAAACGAAAGUAUGGACGAUGACAAUGGUCUGGAAUGUAUUAUCUGCUUAUCAGAUAUCCGUGAUACAGUAAUCCUACCUUGUCGCCAUUUAUGUGUAUGCAGUAAUUGUGCGGAUUCGCUGAGAUACAAGCAUAACAACUGUCCCAUCUGUCGAUCACCAUUCCGAGCAUUGAUUAGGUUACGAGCACACCGACAAACGAGAAAUCAGAUCUAUGAAACUGUCAGUCUCGUGGAAGGUCUAAACGGAUCCUUCACUCCAAUACCGACUGUAAUUGACCCAGUCUCCACUAUCAACUCGUCAACAAGAAGAAAACGACAUUCGAGUAGCCGAAGUGGGAAAGCAAUGCACCAAGUGUUAACGAUGGAACAGCUCGGAGAUGACACUCGAGUUCAGGAAUGCAUAGAAAUGAGUUAUAUGGCCAAUGAUAAUGACGAAGAGACUGUUGAAGAGGAGGAAGUUCAGAAACCAGCAGAAAAAGAGAGAACGAGGAGUCUGGAGGAAAGUGAAGAGGGAUCGAGUGGAACUAGUUCACAGCCUUUCAAAAAGCACCGCGACUCCUUGGACAUCUCGGAAUCAGAGGAAGAAUCGGAACCACCACUUCCUGACAAGAAGGUCCCAGAAGACAUCGACUCGGAUAAAGAUGAAGGUGUUGAUAAAGAUUCCGUAGACCCAUCAGAUGACGACGAGAAUGGUGUAGAAGAAUCGAUGAGAAGAAAUUCCGAAAAACGACGCUCGUUCCAAUCCGGUUCCCGUAAUUCUUCAAGUCAACUUCUGGAGGAGCAGCAUAGAAAGAACUGA